AUGCUCAAACCCAGAUGCAUUGAAUCUUUUGCCCGUAAGAUUUUCAAACUCCAGUUGGGUCCUUGUCUCAAUCGAACGACAACUACAUCCUCCCAACAAUUUUUCUUCUUAGGAAAUGUUUCAUUCCGCAAUCAUGAACCACAUCACCGAGAAUUCCACAAAUGCAUAGUCUCUUAUCAAACGGAAGAGAAGUCUCCUGAACUCGAAACGGAUGAUCUUAGAACACAACUCGUUGAAGCCUUGGACCAACAAAGUCACGCUCUCGCAACAACCAUUUCUUCUAAAUUGAUUCAAAGAUUAACUACAAUGAGUUCUGAACGCUCUCUCUCAGCACAAGACAAGGAAAUUCUCGUGUUUGCAUAUCUAGCUCGCGGUUGGAUUCAAAAUUCCAUCGAAGAUUUAAGUAAAUCCAUUGAACUCAAUCCUCUCUUGUUUAAUGGUUAUUACUUUAGAGCACGUAUCUAUCUCACCCUGAAUCAAAUGGAUAAGGCCUUUCAAGACAUUGAAACAUGCCUUUCACUGAAUCCAGAUUGUACUGAGGCCUAUUUAACACGAGCCUUCAUUUAUGAACAAGGUCAAGAUUAUGAAAAGGCAAUUGAGGAUUAUGAGAGAGCCAUACACAUACAUCCACCAGCACGACAAGAUCCACAGAUAUUGGACCGAUUAGCUGGUUUGUAUUGGAGAGUGGCGCGUGCAUCAUUGGAUGUAAAUAUGGACCAGUGGCAUACCAAUCUUGAAAAGAGUAAUCAACUCUGUAUGGAGACCAUUGAAAUAUUGACGAAUCGUAUUGAAAAUCAUUCUGAUACCAACACAGUGGGAUCAUUGGGUCAUGGUAGUCAUUUAGGCGUUGUUGCUCUUGAGAAAUGUCAUCGAAUUCGACUAUGCUCGAAUAUUGCAAGUAAUUAUGUAGGCAUGAAUCAAUAUCAACAAGCACUCCAGUAUUAUACAACAGCCAUCAAAUUCAUUCGCGAGAUGGAACAAGAGAAUGAUCUUUCAACAACAAAGCUGUUUGCAACCUAUCAAGCAUAUAUGAAUCGAGGAUUUUUAUUGAUGCAGUAUUUCAAGAAAUAUGAUUUGGCAUUGAAAGACUUCAAGAAAGCAUUUGAUAUUGCGGACUCGUCGAGGGCUGAUGACAAGACACCUCAAUGGGAAACUCAAAAAUACCAAAUCUAUGUUGCCAACAGUGAGUUGGCCAUGGUACACUUGAACAUGAAUGAAAUUGAUAAGGCAUGUGAGUACAUGCUUAGAGCAGAGAUUGCACUUCUUGAAAUUUGUAAAAGUAGAGCUACUACUACUACCACUGAUAGUCCAGUUAAUGAUACAAAUGAAUCCAACACAGAAAACAAAAACUCGCAACAGAAAUCACACAUCCCGUUGGAAAUGCAUUAUAUUGCUGAUAUAAUAUGUAUUCUUGAGGGAGACUAUGAAAACGCUCUCAAGCUGUUAAACAUAUAUAUUGACGAGCUAAAUUUGCAAGAACAUUUGGAAAUCAUUUAUGCCAAUCGAGCAGAUGCAAAAAUUAAAUUGGGAAAAUAUCAUGAAGCCAUUCAAGAUUGUAAUUCAUCUUUGGAAUUGGAUCCAAACUUUUAUGCUGCUUUUUUUAACAGAGGAGAAGCUUAUUUUCGCUUACAUGAAUUGGAUAAGGCAAAACGUGAUUUUGAUCUAGCCCUUGAGAAGGCACCUUUUUUAAAGCAAGAGUUGUUAAAUCUCUGGCCCACUUUUGAUGAAUACCAAUUGAGUAAUACACAAAACGAUUGA